AUAAACGCAAUAUUAUUAAGUUGUGAAUGUUGUCGUUUCGAUUAAUUAAAAUUAAAAUAAUCAACAAUGAUUUAAUUAAAAAAUAAUGUGAUAACGCAUUUACUCCGCCCCUGGUGGUAUUAUCCUAUACAACUCUAUCCAAAUAUAACUUUAACUUAAAAGAAAACUUAACCACACUUAAUAAAAGUAUAUUUUUCACAAACUGCUUAUUAAUUAUGGCUGAAUCAAAUGGGGACCACAAAAUAAAAGAGGGCUUUAUUUGCCCUACAUGCCAUAAAACGUGUCAAUCGGCAAAUCAUUUACUUGGACAUUUUCAAGAGAAACAUUCCGAAGAACAAGACUUACUAAAAUCAUUAAAAGAUUUAGUUAGUAAAGCUAAAAAGAAAAUUUUGAGCUUUGACGAACAAGAUAUAGAAAAACCACAACAAGAACGUUAUUACUUGGAAGAGAGCAAGCCCCAAGAGGUUAGUACAAUUACCGAUCAUACCGAUUUUUUUAAAGCAGUCAGAAGAGAACGCCUAGAUCAUAGAACAACAGAAACAAAUAGGUUGAUUUUAAGACUAGAUAAAUUAUUAAAAGUACAAGGAUCUGAUCGCAAACAGCAGGAGCAGCGCUUAGUUGCUUGGUUAGAUGGAACCACUGUUUCUAGAUGCCCAUCCUGUGCUGCUAACUUUAAUUUAGCUAAAAGACAACAUCAUUGUCGACUUUGUGGAAGUAUUAUGUGCAACAAUUGUUCUGAAUUUUUAGCAUAUGACAUAGCACGUACAAUAGUUACACCAAAAUACACAGAAGAAACCAAUAUAAGCCUAAAAAGCAGUAAAAAUGAAUCAGAUAGUUUACGAAUUUGUGGCCACUGUAUGAAUAUGUUGGAAUGUAGGAGAUAUAUUCAAAUGCAUCAAAUGGUCCAACCUAGAAUUUGUUUAUUAUAUGAACAAUUAAGAAAGGUUAAAGCUGAAUUAUUGACAUCAGUUGACCUUUAUGAAAAGAUGCAUUUAUCACUAUCAUCUGGAGAUACAACAUACCAUUUACAAGAUGUACAAGCAUUAAAAGGUUCAAUAGCAAAAGAAAUAGAAAGUCUUGACGCAAUAAGUCAAGCAAUAGCUACACUUCCAGUUGAUGAUUCGUCAAAGUUACAAAUGUUACAAUAUUCAAUUAGAAGAUCUAUAACGCAUUAUGUAAAAGACUUCGUCCUAACACUGCCGGCCGUCCCUACGUUGGAAGAAUUAGAAAAAGCAAAACAAAACCGAUAUACUCUAUUAGAAGACGCCGAACGACACUCAACUGUUAAUAUAAGAAAAGUUACAGUAACAACCGGGUGGUCACCUUCUAAUGUAAACGAAACUAUUCCAGAUGAAGAAGAAGAUCCGUUGUUACAGCAAAUGAAUAUAGUAAGGAGUUAUAUUGAUCAGGCUAGAAAAGCUAAUCGAUUCGAGGAGGUAGCUUCAUUAGAGGAGAAUUUAAAGUUGUUGAAAGAGUCUUAUAGGAAGCAGGAAAGGCAAGAUUAACGAUGUAAAAUAUAGUUAUUUGUCUAAAUUUUAGGUUAUACAUAUUUACCUACUUUUUAGUGGAAUUGUCAGUGUUUAUUAUUAUAAAUAUUCGAGUCAACUGCAUAUAUGAUGCAGUAAAUUUACUUUCAGUUAAGUAAAUAAAGUCAUUUUCCUAAUUAAUAUAAAUUUUAUUAUUU